CCCGGAGAGUCCUGAUCCACUUUGGAGAAGUGACCCUGAGACUGAAGAACGAUGUCUUAUCAACAGCAGCAAUGCAAGCAGCCCUGCCAGCCACCUCCUGUGUGCCCACCCAAGUGUCCUGAGCCCUGUCCACCUCCCAAGUGCCCUGAGCCCUGCCCACCUCCCAAGUGCCCUGAGCCCUGCCCACCCCCAAAGUGCCCUGAGCCUUGCCCACCUCAGCAGGGCCAGCAGAAAUGCCCUCCUGUGCAACCUCCUCCACCCUGCCAGCAGAAGUGCCCACCUAAGAGCAAGUAACUGCUUCAGGAUGCAUCAGGAACAGGGAAGAAUAAGGACAAUUGGCUCACCUGGCUCCACAGCCCCACCUGUCUUCUCUUCAAAGCCUGUCACGGAUGAGGUUUUCCCUUAGCCUGUAGUAGAUGGCGAGGAUUCCAACAGGGAAAGGUUUCCCUCUAGCGGCUGUAACGCCGGUACUUUCCAGAAGGCGGCUGGAAAAGGGUGAUCCUGGGCUGUGCCAGCCUCCCUGAGCUGCAGAAGCAGGAGCAGCAAGCAGAAGCCGGAGCAGCAAGCAUCCUGGGAAUCGAAGAUUCUCUCCGACGUCUUCUGUGUCUGUUACUUGGGCAGGGGUUUCUACCAUCUGGGCAAUUGUAAUUGUUCUUCCACUUCCUGAUGCCUGUGUUAUCCCCUUUAAUCACUGUUCGAUUUGAUAUAGAAACUAGUCUUUUGGUGGUGAUCAGAACGUAGUAUGUGCAAAUGUUGAAUUAUAAUGCUAUAGGCUACGCAGUGUUCAUUAUGUACCUGAAAUCUAAAUA